UUGAAGUCGCUUCCGGUGUGGGUGUUUCCAGCUUUAAAGAUGGCGGACUCCGUGCUGGAAGUUGUAGAGAAGCUGCAGUCUCGUCUUUCGCCAAAUGCUGAGCCUAAGAAGCUUCACAAGACCCUGAAGAGACUUGCUGAGCUACCAGUUACAGUUGAUAUUCUAGUGGAGACUGGGGUUGGGAAAGCUGUGAAUGGCCUGCGAAAGCAUGAAGUAGUUGGUGAUUUUGCAAAGGCUCUGGUUGCUCAAUGGAAGAAAUUGGUACCACAGGAAACGCCAAGAACCUCAGAUCCAGAUGAGCGUGAGCACAGGAAAAGCAGUGUCAAGAAGCACCCAAGGUCUCCCUCCCCAAAAGAAGAUGAACCUGAGGACGACUAUGAAGAAGACAUACAUCCGCUUCAUGAUAAUGUUGAUGAGAUGCAUAUGGGACUGGGGGAUGGUCACAGAGAAUACAUACAAGAGAAGGAAAGCUGGCGUAGGUAUUCAGAUCGGGAGGACUCAGAUGAUGGUCACGGUUACUCCCCUGAACCUUCUCACAGUCCACCAUCAUUGUAUAUGGACACCUAUAGUGAAAGGUCACUGCACAAGCAGAGCAAGGAACAUAAAUCAUCUUACAAAGAUAAACACCACCCAGAACCUAUACCAGAGAGGAAAAAGGAUAAACCCGCCAUAAAGGAGCACACAUCCUCUGCUGGGAGUAGCCGGGACAAGCUGCUAUCGCCUGAAAGUAGGCAACACUCUAGUAAGAAGGACAGGAACAAGCACAGUAUAUCAAAAGGUCAGACAGAGGAAUCUACAGAUGCCAAAAAACAAAAGCAUCCAGAGAAAUCUAAGAGUGAGAAACAUUUGCCAAGCAUGGACAUGCAUAGUAUAGAUAAAGGGAAGAGACCUGUAGAGAGAGAUUCAGAGUAUUUACACAGAGAGAAGGGGGACAAAAAUAAAGUUAAAGCUAAACCAUCUGAGCCCAGUGCACAGGAGAAGAAAUCGAUUAGGUUCUCUUCACCACUUAGAGACUCAGAUAUGGAGGAGGAGUUUGAAAAGCCUACUCAGUCUUUUGAGCAGUGUCUCAGCUAUGAUGACCAGCCAAAAAAAAAGAAGAAAAAAACAGUGGUGAAGCCAUCAGUUUCGGUUUCCAGCAAGAGCAGGAAACCACAAAAAGAGAACAAAAGCAAGGAACCUUCCAAACAAAAAGCAGAGCCAGCACCUCACAAGGAGCAUAGCUCCCACAAGAACGAGUCUGCAUCAACUUCACUUAGCAAGAUAAACCAGGUCCCUGUGUUACCUGAUAUUCCUCUGCCUAUGAUCCAACCUGUCUAUCGGCCACUUCCCUCCAUUGAAACUUCUCCAGUGAUCUCCAAGAGGAAAACACCACUGGUAUCUGCUCAAGAGGAUGAUGAUUCAUCUGGAUUCACGGGACGUAGAUUCAACUCUAAGAUGCAAGUGUAUUCUGGAUCUAAAACAGCCUACCUACCCAAGAUGAUGUCUUUGUAUGAACAGUGCAUACGUGUCUUAGCCAACAAUAUAGACUCUAUUUAUGAAGUUGGAGGUGUCCCCUAUUCAGUCCUGGAGCCAGUGUUGGAGAAGUGCACACCAGACCAGCUGUAUCGUAUCGAGGAAUGUAACCACGUUCUAAUUGAAGACACAGAUCGCCUUUGGAUGAAUCACUGUCAACGAGACUUUAAGAAUCAAAAGGCAGAGGAGUUUGAGUCCUGGAGAGAAAUGUACCUACGUCUGCAUGAGGCACGUGAGCAGAGGCUGCUGAUGCUGACUCAGAAUAUCCGUUCUGCUCACGCUAACAAGCCCAAAGGUCGACAAGCCAAGAUGGCAUUUGUCAACUCCGCAGUUAAACCACCACGAGAUGUGAGGAGGAGACAAGAAAAGUUUGGAACUGGAGCAACCCCUGUUGCAGAAAAGAUCAGGAUUAAACCUUUUACACCAAUGAGUAGCAGCAUCAGUAGUAGUAACCAUGUGCAUUCUGAGGAGCCUCUGCCUUUUAACGAGCCCAGCACCAGUAGCUCAGUGUCCACACCAAGCAGUGUCCAGUCUGGCUAUGACCCACGCCGGCCACAAGUCAAAAAGGUCGCACCAAUGAUGGCAAAGACAAUAAAAGCUUUCAAGAACAGAUUUUCCCGCCGAUAAAGAUUUGAAUUUUAAAAACAAACAAACUGUAUUUUGGAUGAAAGAAGCUGGGACGAUUAAUAUAUACAAGACUUUGCUACAACUACAACGUGAUGCAACUCCCAUUCUGCCCAAGCUUCUCUCUGUCACCAGCUGCAGCACGUGUGAUGUUAUGGUGGUGACCCUCUAUGCUUUUAAUAUGUUUCCCCUCAACUUAUUUAUAGUUCCCCAGGAGUUUUGUUGUUGUGUUUUUUAUGUUAUCUGACUGAUAAUAAUGUUGCCAACUCCUGUUCCUGUAGCAUUGGAAUCCCUGCGCUGUUAUAGCUGGGUGCCAGACAUAAUUUCAUAAUCUCCCUAUACAAGCAGGGCAUGUCUCACUCUGAAAAGGUACAGUAUAAAUAAUAAUGUAAAUGUAACAAAGAAUGAGGUCAUUUCAAUGACGAGUUCACUUGUACCAAUUAUGUCUGUAAACUGCUCCACAAUGUCAUGUUACUGUUUUGCGUUAAACAUUAAGGUAUUUUAAUUUCAGUUAUGUUUUGCGUUUAGGCAAGUUCAGAUAAUCAAGGAAAACCUUUCAUGGGUUUGUUUGUUUUUUUGGAUCCUACCAAGUGCAUUGUAUUCCAGGCAGUCAACCAUGGGUCUAAAAUGUCAGUGUUGUAGUGUCUUGUAAAAUGUAUAUGUUUUAUUAUUUUGUGUUAAUUGCGUAUGAAUUUCUGAAGAUGUCUUCUCUCCUUCUACAAUGUGAUCACAUAUACCAUGGUUAUUGUUUGGGGUCUGUAGGAAAAUGUUAUUACAUUUUUGGAUCAAAGGAAUACUUUCAAGGAUUUUCCAAGUUUUUUUUUUUUUUUUUACCCUUAUUUAUUCCAGUUCCCACUACUUAUUCCAGUGGACCCUAGUGGCUUAUAGUUCAAUUCACUGUGCAGUCAGAUCAUGCAUAUAACCAUUUGUACUUUUUUAUUAUUAUUAAUUAUAAGUGCCCUACCAAUGGAAUUUUCACAAUACACUUUCAAUUAUGGAAUGAUCCUCAGUAUUUUUUUUUUUUUUUUUCAUUUUAUCAAUUUUCCUGGCAUUGUCAGACGCACCACUGCAUGUUGAAUGCAGGUCAGAGUGCAAGAUAGGCCUACUGUGUUUUUUUUGUUUUAUCAUAUCAGUAUAACUGUGCUUGCAGUCAACGUACAGGAGUUGCAAGGAAAUUCUGGGAUUUCAUGUGGGCUCCUAUUUUAUGUAAAUAAAACUUUUUGUGGUUUAAGGAGAUUAAAUAUUUUAAAUAGACUGAUAUAUGCAAAAUGAUUUUAUCUGGAUCUUAAUAAAACUGAAACAUUG